AUGGCUAUGAAGCGUGGUGCUCUCGAUACGUUCUUCAAACCUGCAACAGCUAAGAAGCCAAAGUACGAAAUUAGUGAGCACAAGACAGGCCACGCGAACUAUCCGUUUUCUAUCCCGCAUCUGCCUAGUGAAUUCGCAGAGCAGUUAGGUUUCGCACCUGCCGAGGAGGGAAAACUCCUGAACGAUCAGCUAGACUUGGACCUUGUCUAUUAUGAACCGUACAUUCCAUCAUCUAUCGCAGCAGGCUUGUUUGAGUUUCUGCGUCAGGAGCUUCCGUUCUACCGUGUGCAGUACGCGAUCAACCGUGGAGGCGUGCAGACGAUGAUCAACACGCCGCGCUUCACCACAGUCUUUGGUAUCGAUGCGACGGCACGAUUCGGUGAUGACGGAGAGCUUUUUGAUAUUAAGACUGGCAAAAACGUUGGACCAGGACGCUACAAGUGCAAACCACGGCCACUUCCACAAUGUCUGGACAUGCUACGCAAUUUUACGGAAGGCACCACGAAUGAAACCUUCAACUUUUGUCUUGUCAAUUACUACGCCGAUGGUCAAGACAGCAUCUCUUAUCACUCUGACGAUGAGCGAUUUCUCGGUAUUGAUCCUGCCAUCGCAUCCUUUACACUAGGGGCCCGGCGCGACUUCUUGAUGAAGCAUAAGCCUAUCGUGCCCGGCAAGGGCGAAGUCAUAAAUGAACCCAAGCAGAUCAAGCUACCGCUUGGUCCAGGAGACAUGGUUCUGAUGCGAGGAAAGACACAAGCCAACUGGCUUCACAGUAUUCCGAAGCGGGCGGGUGUUGACGCGAGCAAGGGAAGAAUUAACAUCACCUUUCGCAAAGCUAUGGUGAAAGGCGGCACGGACAACUACUAUCAGUAUAACGUGGGUACCGGCGGUGUACAUAGGUGGAAUGCCGGGCAGAAGAAGAUGCUGCCUUGGGUUUCAGAAGGAGUAGCAACGGCGGUCACAAAAGACGAGAUUCCAGUGGUUGCUGCUGACGUAGCAGCAGCCAGCGGUCAAAAUUGA